GAAGGGACGCUGAGGCUUCGCAGCCCAUGGCUGGGAGGGUUGACUGAGUGGACGCCGAACAGAGACCUCUGAUUCAGCCACGACCACGGUGAGCCCCCCAGAGUCGGGUCCUGCUUCCCGGCCCCCACGAGGACCCCAGGAGCACCAGCAUGGCGAGCGAGUCGAGCGCGCAGGCGCUCUCACCCAGGGCCCCGCGUCCGGGAGCCCAGAAGUCGUCCGGCGUGGUGACCAAGAAGGGAGAUCGUGCGGCCAAGGAGAAGCCGGCCACCGCCCUGCCGCCGGUGGGCGAGGAGGAGCCCAAAAACCCUGAGGAGUACCAGUGCUCCGGCGUCCUCGAGACCGACUUCGCCGAGCUCUGCACGCGGUCUGGCUACACCGACUUCCCCAAGGUUGUCACCCGGCCCCGCCCCCACCCGACCUUCGUCCCCUCCGCCUCUGCGUCAGAAAAACCCACCUCAGGUGAGUGACAGCGGGACCUCCUCGUCUAUCUCCAGCCACCCAUCCCAUUGCGGGCGGAAUAGCGGGGACGCUGGGCAGUGUGUGCUCAGAGUGGAAGGAGGGACUGGAGGGGGCGGGUGGGAAUUUGGGGAGUCUCCCGUCUUCCUUUCCGGACCCAAGCAGAGGCAGCCUUCUGGAAGGUGGGGCUGACUGAUAAGACCCUGACCACCUUCAUCGCCCUCCUGCCUCUCUGCUCAUCCACGCUCAGGAAGGUGUCUCUGGAGGGGAACCCACUGCCAGAGCAGUCCUAUCACAAGCUCAUGGCUUUGGAUAGCACGAUCGCGCACUUAUCUCUGCGGAACAACGGCAUCGAUGACUACGGGGCGCGGCUCCUCGGCCAGGCGCUAUCCACGCUGAACAGCUGCAAUCGGACCCUAGUGUCGCUCAAUCUGGGCUUCAACCACAUCGGGGACGAGGGCGCGGGCUACAUCGCGGAUGUAAGUGCGCGGCGCUGGGGGACCCAGCGGGAGCGGAGUGCCGGCUUGCCCCAGGUGCUGCGCCCCUUCGAGCUCACGCACACCGAGGUGGUGGAGCGCCGGCGUCUCCUGCUGGAGAAGGGGACGCAGGAGCGCUCGCGAUCGCCCUCCUCCUCUCGGCAUGGGGACUCCAGAGCGGACCGUGAAAAGAGCCAGGCGUCGGGCAUCAGCACAGUUACGCUGCCAGACAAGCAGGACAAGAUGCAGGCCAUGAAAACCCCGAAGGGUCUGGGCAAGAAAAAGGAGAAGGCUGGGGAAGUAGUCAAGAAAGAGGAGAAGUCAGGGUCUGGACAGUCGCCCACACAAGGAACCCCUAAGAAAGAAGACUCCACAAAGUCGGGCAAGGGGAAGGUGACCAUCCCCGAGCAGAAGCCAACCAAGGGAAAAGGGACCAAGAGCGGCAGCAAAGAGAAGCGCAGCAUCCUUCCGGAGUCCGAGCUGGUUGCUGAAGCUACAGAGAUGAUCAACCCUCUCCUGGAGCCCGUGGAACACCGAGAUGGGAAAGUUUUCAUGCCUGGCAACAAGGUCCUUCUGCACCUCAACCUCCUCCGAAACCGCAUCACAGAGGUGGGGCUGGAGGGCUUCCUGGCCGCAGUGCAGUACCAGGUGCAGUUCUCCAAGGCCAAGAGCUCGUCCAAGGGCCCGAUGGGGCUGCUGUGGCUGUCCCUGGCGAAAAACUGCUUCCCCCCACAAUGUCAUGCGUACACCACGAUCCAGGAACUGAUGCUGCCGAGGGACCCCAUCAAGACCAAGCUCAAGGAGGAGGAGGCCGUGGCUUUCCCCACCUAGCCCCUCCCACCCUCUCUCCUGCGCCUCGGGCCAGGUCCCUGUGUGGGCGGACCUCCCUGGAAGACGCCUGCAGCCCAAUAACAAGCCUACUGCUGUAUGUUCCCUCGAGGUUGCCUGAAAAUGUUGUCCCAGAACCACUGGGAGCCCCGAGGUUGGGUCUGUCCAUACACACGGCCAGGAACAGCGGCAGCAAUGGCGUCUCUACGGCACCGGCUAGCCUGGGCACUGCUCUGCCUGAGGGUGGAGUCCUGCUCAGGAAGUCAUCCCCCACCCCAUACGUGUUCCCUGGGACAUGCAUUAGCCCAGGGUGAGCCUGGGUAUGCGUUUGGCCUCGGGCAGGAAGGACUAGAAGUGACAACUGCAGGCUGUGGAGAGGGCUAGGAUGAGGUGUGGGGGGACUGAGCAGAGGCUCCAUUCCCCCACCCCUGCUCCCCCUCUGGCUGGCCCAGGUGUUUGGCUGCUUUGAUGGAAGGCUCAGUGGCUGGCCAGUUUGAAGGGUGCAAGACACCUCCAUAGACUGGAACCCUAGCACUGCCUGCAGAAGCCAGCAACCCAAAGCCAGACACACUUGGUGUGAGGCGGUGGACACAUUGGGGCCUGCCUUUUUACCCUCCCCAGAGGUGCCCUGACCAUGCCAUGCAUGGGACUGGCUUCUGGAGAGCCCGCCUCCCAACUCCAGGGAGCUCCUGGGGAAGGUGCACACACACGGGACCCAGGCCCCCUCCUCAGCUCUGGCACAUCUGACUUGUCCACACUGCCUCUGCCCCACUUCCUCCUGUUUCCUGCUGGAAUACUGUGCCUGGCUUUGCGCUGCCCUGCCCUGCCCUGCCCUGGGCGCCUGCAGCCCUGGCAGUCUGCUGCUGCUCCGCUGAGCUUCUCCAGGGAAAGUGUCAUUUCUCAAUUCCCAAAGUGAGCAUCUGAAGGUGCCUGAAAACUGGUCAUCUCAGCUUCUCUAGCUGCUCCCACCCAAACCGCUACAGCUUUGGUGACCCUGUCAGUGGGCCUGUCGUACUCUGACACUCCAUCACCAGGGACAUCAACCUGGUGCCCUAUCUCCAUUGCGUGCUCCUGAGGCCAGAGCCUGGUAUUCUGCAGGGUAGAGGGGCUGGACUGUUAGAUAUCUAGGGAUGAAGAAUUUGUCACUUGAUCCAACAACAAAGGCCAAGGGACAGGUGAUGUGAACAGCCAUGGUGAUGUGGCUGCAUCUGCAGAUGGAUGACCACGGUGAGGAACUGGCCAGGCUCAAGAUGACCCUCGCCUUUUAUGUUCUGCUGUUAACGUCCAAAGCUCAUUGAAGGCAGUUCACGUGACCCCUGGGGCCACUGUGCCCCCCCACAUGCAUAUUUCAAAACAGGGUCCAUCUUUUCCACCCCAGCACAGUAAGCACACCCCCGAGGCUUUGGGAGAGAGUAGAGCAAGAGUGGCUGGGGUGUGACACUGGGGUGGGGGUGCCUUUGACCUCCUCAUUAUAUCUGGGCCAGUAGCAAACGGAA